CACCGAGUCCAUGGCGGGAGAAUUCCAUGUUGUCCGUGUUUUGACGCGCUGCUGUGUGUACACGUCUGUCAACCAAACGAGUUCAGGAGCUUUACACCGCUGCUACUAACGUUCAUUUCUACAACAUGGAGCAAAAUACGACCGAGGAAACGACACCUGGUGCAGCUAGUGCAACUACAAAGAGGGAGGACUACUUGGAAUGGCCAGAGUAUUUUAUGGCCGUCGCAUUCCUGUCGGCUCAGAGAAGCAAGGACCCUAGCUCUCAGGUGGGAGCCUGUAUUGUGAACCAGGACAAAAAAAUUGUUGGUAUCGGUUACAAUGGAAUGCCCAACGGCUGUGACGAUGACCUUAUGCCAUGGGCAAGAACGGCUGACGACAAAUUGGACACAAAGUACCCUUAUGUGUGCCAUGCAGAGCUUAACGCCAUAAUGAAUAAGAACAGCGCUGAUGUGAAAGACUGCACUAUUUACGUGGCACUUUUUCCAUGCAAUGAGUGUGCCAAGCUCAUCAUCCAAGCAGAGGUCAGGACUAUAAGUAUUAAGGAAGUGGUGUAUCUCUCUGACAAGUACCAUGACGCUCCAAUGAUGAAGGCUUCUAGGAGGUUACUGGGCUUGGCAGGCAUAGAGUUCAAGGAGUUCAAGCCUAAGAGGACAACGAUAACCAUUGAUUUUAAUUCUAUUAAUCAACCUGGAACUCUGGAUGGCCCGACACGCUAAACUUUACAAGAGUGGGGGUGGACUGACUCUCCUUGCAGGGUCCAGAGAUUCGAACAGUGGGGAAGGUAUGCUUAAAUGCCAGAGAGAAAUGCUGCCCAAUUAUCUUUGUCAAAAUACUUAUCUGCACUUUGGAUUCUUACCUCUUCCUUUUGAUAAACCUCAUGACUAUUAGGAACUCUAAUUUUAUACUAAGCCCUUAACCGCUCAAUGCGAUAGUGGGUUCAUAUUUAGGCUUUAACAGUUGCAUUUUUAAAUAUGUUUAACAUGGUUUUGAACUCUGACACAACUUUGGCGCAGUCGGUGAAAGUCUAAUACAGUCCAGCAAUUAAUAAGAGGGUACUUAUUAUUGAUUUUGUAUUGUGUUUUCAAGGACUACAUAAAAUAUCAUUCUAUGUGCAAA